AUGUACAGCUUCAUGGGCGGAGGGUUGUUCUGCGCCGGCAUAUCCAACAUCCUGUUGGUGGUCUCCACGGCGACAGAUUACUGGAUGCAGUACCGCCACUCCAACAACUACAUGCACCAGGGCCUGUGGAGGUACUGCAUGCCAGGCAAGUGCAUGUACCACACAGACAGCAUAGCCUAUUGGGACGCCACUAGGGCCUUCAUGAUCCUGUCCAUCUUGGCCUGCUUCUUUGGCCUCUGCAUCGGCGUCAUGGCUUUCAUACACUAUUCCUCCUUCGAUGGCUUCGACAAGACCUUUGCCUCGGGGAUACUCUUCUUCAUGUCCUGCUUCUUCGUUCUGCUGGCGAUGGCGGUGUACACAGGUGUGACCGUCAACUACUACGGGAAACGCUAUGGCAACUGGCGCUUCUCCUGGUCCUACAUCAUGGGCUGGGUGUCAGUGGUCCUCACCUUCUUCUCAGGUAUCUUCUACAUGUGUGCCUACCGCAUGCACGAGUGCCCCCACCACUCCAGUUCGCGCUAGAGACCCUGCCCUCCGCUACGGCCCAGCAAAUUCACAUCUCACUCCCCUCCUCCCCUUCUGGAAAGUUCCACACUGUCAAACAUUUCAGGCAGUUAAACGUAAAAAGGUUAAGUUGCCCUGCUGCCUUAAGUUUGUAAGUUAUGUAACUCAAACUCGAGGCUUAACUCAAUUCGAGGCUUUCUCGAGUUGAGUUAACUCACAAACCUAAGGCAGCAGGGCAACUUAGUUUUUUUUAAACGUUUAACUGGCUGCGAUGUUUUACAGCGCAGUGUGAAGCCACCGAGAGACCACUGGAAAUUUCACACUGGAACUCUCCAGGCUGCUGCCAUUUACUAUGAACUACCUACGCUAUGCUAUUAAUCAGAAACUAAUAAAAACAAAGAUAUUUCAUUCA